GAGGGGGAGGGGGCCGGGCAGGGGAGGUUUCGGAUUUGGUUAAUAUGCAAUGCCCGUAAUUAGCAUAAUUUAUAUAUUUAUGAUAAAGAGGAAAAAGGCGCGGGGCCGGGGCGGCGGGCUGCGGCCCGGGAGGCGGGAGCUGUGGGAGCUGACGGCCGCGCUGUCCACUUGAGGCCGCAGACCCCGGGCCGCGCCCUGGUCCCCCGGUGCCCCGCGGACACCCGUGAAGAGGCGGCUGCCAGGAGGAAGCCCUGCCCUAGAGCCCGGGUUGGGUCUCGGGAAAAGGCUUGCAGAGCCCUGGAGACCCGGACGCUUGGGUUCCGGCGACCUGUCACCACUCCCCCGGAGAAAGGGCGCCAGGGACUCUGGGGUAGAGACCUCGCUGUGGCUGGAAGGAUGGGGAAGUGGUGGGAGGGUCGCCGUCGACCAGAGCGUGAGCACUUCAUAAAUAUUUAAUGACAGUAUUAGUAUUAAUAAUGUCAUAAAAUGGGCCCCGUGUGUCCUCCCGGGACAUUUGCACCUGGCAAGGCCGAGGGCUCUCCAGAGUGGCUUCUAACCCACUUGAGCGCUCAGAUCGCUGCCUGGGCUGGGCUGGAAAGCCUAAAACCUUUACAGAAUAGUCCCUGAGGCUGUCAGGAGGAAAUAAAAGCUUAUCAAGAAGCCUUGCUAGGCCAAACACAGGAAGCUCUAGCAGAGAUGGAGAAACUGCAGCCUCUUCGCUCUAAGUUCUUGCUCGUGAAACAGAAGGUUGAUCUUCAGUUCCAUAAGUGUAUAUACCUCCUCCUGUCACUUUGGUAGUCCACGCCAGUCAACACUGACAGGCGAGAGGCGCAUAUGUUUUGAUUGAAGUUGGUGCUCGGGGUGAUGUUUGUGUGACCCAGACAGUAUAACUACAUUAAUUGGUUCUAUAACCAGCAAGGGCCACACGAAGACAAAGCCCCACACCUGUCCAGGAGUGAGCAAAUGGAUCAUAAACACCAAAACAAACUAGAGAAUCCGGAGAGGGAGGAAGGGGGAGAGAAGGAGAAAGAGAGGGAGGGAGGAGGGAGGGAGAGAGAGAGAGAACCCUGGUUUUCUUUUCCUCCUUGAGGCACCACUACAGGCAGCUAAGGAAAGGUGAGGCUGUGGCUCAGAGCUGUAACCCAGGCAGAGGGGAUGAUGAAGCAGGAGUAUCCGAGAUUCACAUAGUGAGACUGCCUCAAAAACUAAAGACAAACAAAAGCCCCAAAACAAGCAUCAACUUCAAUAAAUACAAAACAGAAAGGGGGCGCUGGCUAGCCGGCUCCGCCUGUGCUGCCAAGCCUGCCACUGGAUGUUGGAUCUCUAAACCUCACGUGGUAGAAUCCAAGAAAUGACUCCCACAAGUUGUCUUCACACGCAGGCUGUGACACGGGCACACCGUGGCACUCGGGCUCCAGCACGGUAUACACACACAGACUAAGUAAUAAAUGUCAAAAAAGAAGAAAAGCAGCAAAUGUCAAAAGCAAACAGGCAGAACCAAAAUCUAGCAACAGCAACAAAUGACACAAAAAAGCCAGACAUUGGUGGCGCACACCUUUAAUCCCAGCACUCAGGAGGCAGAGACAGGCAGAUCUCUGAGUUCGAGGCCAACGUGGUCUACAGAGUGAGAUCCAGGACAGCCAAGGCUGUGCAGAAAGACCCUGUUCAAAACAAAACAACAACAACAACAACAAGAAAAACAAAACACUAAACAAAAACAAAGGAAAGAAAGUCUGGAGAUAGAGCUCAACAAUAUAUUACAUCUGUACAAUUCACACACACACAUUUGAACGCACACACACACUCAAACAUAUGCACACAGGCACGCACACACUCAGCCUAAUGAUGGUAAGGAGAAAGUACAUGUCACAAAUUAGAAGACACUGGCUCUAUAACCAGGUGGUGGUGGCGCACAUCUUUAAUCUCAGCACUCUAGAGGCAGAGGCAGGUGGAUCUCCGUGAGUUCGAGGCCAGCCUGGUCUACAAGAGCUAGUGCCAGGACAGGCUCCAAAGCAACACAGAGAAACCCUGUCUCGAAAAACAAACAAUAAGAAGAAGAGGAAGAUGAGGAAGUUGAGGAGGAGGAGAGGAAGAAGAGGAAGAGGAAGAGGAAGAGGAAGAGGAAGAAGAAGAAGAAGAAGAAGAAGAAGAAGAAGAAGAAGAAGAAGAAGAAGAAGAAGAAGAAGAAGAAGAAGAAGAAGAAGAAGAAAUUGGUGCUGUGUGUGGUACUCAGGGGUGCAGCACUGACCUAGCAUACACAGGGCAAAUUCAAACCCCAGAAAUGAAAAUUAAGAAAUAGAAAAGAAAGAAAAGUGUUUUCUAAAAGGUUCUCUGCUUCAAGGGAAAAAAAGAAACAUGAGUGCAGUGUACAAGCUUUUUUUUUUUUUUUGCUGUCUAGCCCCAUGUCAUUUAUUAAAAGCUUGAGUUAUCUGAUUUAGUUGGCUUUUAUUUUUAAUGUGUGUUUGGGAGUUUCUUAAAUCAAUUAGAAAAAGUUGUGAUGAAGUUCAGAGUGCUAACCUGGUUUGUUGGCACUGGCUGGGGAUAGUAGGUGUAUUGUGUGAGGGCACAGCUUGCUCAAUUGCUAAAGCUUCAUAGAGUUCCAGCUUUCACAUUCAAGUUGAAUCAGAUUGUUUUCUAAGACAGCUAUGAACAAACAAUUCACCAAUUUUCAUUCACUCAAGAUAGGUAAUGCAAUUUCUGAUGAAAUGUUUUCUAUUCUUUUAUCUUCUCUUAUUUCUAUGAUUUGUCAGAAUUUGGUGUUUUAUAUUAAUUCUGAAGUUAAGUAGUCCAGCUACUAAAUGGCAACAGCUAGGGGAGCAUAGUACAGUUAAACCAAGCUAUAUAGUUUUUGAAUGAAGAGGAAGCCAGUCUGACUGAUUUCAAGGCCCUUUAAUUAAAUCUGUCAUUUUGUAUGCUUUAUUCAAAAUAUAUUACCCCAUUCUGAAAGGCCAUGUUAAGUGUGUACAAGCUUUUAAUGGCAGCUUUGGGAGGCAGAGGCAGGCUGGGCUCCGUGAGUUCAAGGCCAGCCUGGUCUACAGAGUGAGAUCCAGGACAACCAGGGCUAUGCAGAGACCCUGUCUCCAAAGAGAGAUCAGCAGAGAGAAAAGAAAAGAAAAGAAAAGAAAAGAAAAGAAAAGAAAAGAAAAGAAAAGAAAAGAAAAUAAUCUGGCGUACACUCACAUUUCCUCCAUGGUUAAUUACUGUGCUAUUAUAACACUAGUGCUCGGCUGUAACUCCGCGGCAGAGUGCAUGCGCUGGGUCUACCUUCCUGUCCCAUAAGUAAACAAGUAAGUAAAGCCAUAAUGGUAACCAUUUACAUUUUAUACUAUUUUAUGAUUUGAAACGUUUUGUAUGCAUGCUUUGUUUCAGUUAAAAUAUCAGCAGUAGUAGAACUGGGUAUGAAACUCGGUUGGGAUAGCGCUUGCCUAGCCUACAUGGAGCCCCGGGUUCCAUUCCCAAGGCCCCAUUAGCUUAGUAUGUGCACCUGUAACCCCAGCACUUGGGACUGGGAGACAGGAGGACAAGAAGUUCGAGGUCAUCUUCAGCUAGGUUGGGAGUUCCAGGUCAGCCUGGAAUACAUGCAUCUUGUCUCAACAAACAAACAUGCAAACCAGAACAAUAAGAGUAACACUGAUGUAGUGUCUGCGUGCUAGGCCCUAUUGUUACGUAAAUAUUACCAAUUUAAUGCUGGACAUAGCGGCAUAAGAAUGUAGUGAUCACUUGAUUAGCCUAGCGAUGUAGAAAAGCCCUGGCCAAAAACAUUCCCUUGGGAGCUGGAGAGGUGGCUCACAGUUGCGAGCACCUGCUGCUCCAACAGAGGACUGUGUUCCAUUUCCAGUGGCCACACGGCACCUCCCUACAGCCUGUAAACCCAGGAACAGUAGGAAAAUCUGUAGAGAAAGCAGAUGAGGAGCUCCCAGGGGCUGGGAAAGGCAGUGCCUGCGGAGUUUCGUGUUCGUGAACUAGAAGUGCUCCUGGAUGCACAGCCUCGUGAGUGUACAGAAUCCUGCUGAAAGAGAUGCUUUAAAACCCCGGAAGUGCUGGCCCACACCGCUAACCCCAGCACUCAGCAGUCAGAGGCAAGUGGCUCUCCGAAGUUCUAGGCUAGCCUGGUCUAUAAUGAGCACUUGCUAGUGCGCACCAAGCCUUGAGUUCAGUCCCCCCCUCCCCCGCAUCCCAGAGAGAGCGAUGGAUAAUACAAUAAAAUACUUAAACUGGUGAGCUCUCUGCAUGUGACUUUAUAUUUGUUGGGGCUGCUGUAACAGAGUAUCGUCCCUGUAGCUGGUAAACAAUAGAAACUCACGGCUGCUGAUGCUGGAGGCUGGAAGGCGGAGGUCAAGUUGUCUAGUGAACUAGCCUGCCUUCCUAAUCUCACCUCCCAGACACUCUCAUCUCUUCCGUCUGUCACCUCGGGGCUUAUGAUUCCAACAGAUGAACUGAGAGGGAGGCAAGCUUUCAGACCAUAGCAGAAUUUUACCUCAGUUUAUAAAAGGCUUGUGGGGCUUUGGUUAUAGUCCGGUGUUGUAGAUGUGCAUAUAACUUGACUAAUUUGUUCAAGGCCCUAGAUUCAGUCCUUGGGAUGACAAAAAAACCUUACAGGAGAAAAAGGUAAAGUGAGAUAUAGACCAGUGUUCUGGUCCCUCAAGUGUGACACGGUGGCAAUGACAUCCCCAGUCCCCAGAGUGGAGAUGAGUGAUAUGUCAGUGUCAUCCCACAGCAGGUGCCCAAACUAAACGUCAGUUACCUUUUCUCCUACAUCUCCUACACAAAUGUCUAACCUGUUUGCCUACUUUUUUAAAAAAAUGACUCCAGCCAGACAGCCUGUCCUCACACGGGGUUCACCCACUUCUUGCUUCCUGCUCCUGGUAGGCUAUGCCUCCGCUGGGAACACAUUGCCUCCUGUGUACUGGACAGCAUGGUCCCUGGGCCAUCCCUGCAGAGUCUCUUGAAAUCCACCACCAAAUCUGAGGCUCCAAGGGCUGUGGGGAGGGGUCUAGGAAGCGGCAUUUUUUGGUCUAGCUCCAGAGAGUCAGAGCACCGGGUUGAAUUCUCUCUACUGCCUCUUCGGGAAGUGCCCAGGGAAACACUGAUGUCCAGAACCCUCCUCUCGCCUUUGCCCAAGGUUCCAAGUGUCUCUUAGCUCCACCUUGGACUCUUGUGGACUGGGGGACCCCAGGGACAGAUGACCUCCCUCUCUCCUUUGCCUUCCUAAACACAGAUCUUCUGGGUUCCCCUGGGUGCAGGCUCUCCAGGAUGCUGGAGUCUUCAAAGUUUUUAGCGUCUUGCUUUGUUUUCUUCUGUGUUCUCAGGAGAGCCUGUCUUCUCUUCUCCUACUGUUCUAGUUCUGACUUUUCUAGGCAGCCUGGAAACUUAGGCGCCGCAGCUCACCAGCCUUUGCUUUCCUACCCAGAAUGCACUAGGUGGGGACUGGCACCCACCCCACCCGGCAGUGACCAUGGAUCCUGGAGCUGGCUCUGACUCAUCUCUGACCGUGAAUGAGCAGGUCAUUGUGAUGUCAGGCCAUGAGACCAUCCGAGUGCUGGAAGUCGGGGUGGACGCUCAGCUCCCGGCUGAGGAGGAGAGCAAAGGACUGGAGAGCGUGGCUGCUGACGGCUCCCAGAGUAGAGGCCCUGCCGAAGCUGGCGAACCUGCUGCUGAAGCCGGGCAGCGCGACCCAGACCACUCUGCAGAAGCAACUGUCGCUGCCUGGGAUCCCUCCGAUUCCUGCCCCAGCCAUUGCCACCUUCAGCCAAGCCCCAAGCCAGCCUCAGGCAUCACAGACCCUGACACCACUGGCCCUACAAACUGCCCCCCAGGUCAGGUGUCUGGGCAGCAGGGGCUGGCCGUGUGGACAAUCCCUACAGCAGCCGUGGCUGCCCUCCCUGGACUGGCCGCUGCGUCUCCUACCGCGGCAGUCUUCAAGCCACCGUUAGCUGGGCUCCAAGCAGCUGCCGUGCUGAACACCGCUCUCCCGACACCUGUACAAGCUGCCCCACCAGUCCAGGCCUCCUCUCCCACCCAGCCCCGGCCACCAGCUCAGCCCCAGACGCUGUUCCAGACCCAGCCGCUGCUACAGACCACGCCUGCCAUACUCCCACAGCCCACUGCUGCCACCGUCGCCGCCCCCACCCCGAAGCCAGUGGACACCACCCCACAGAUUACCGUCCAGCCUGCCGGCUUCGCGUUUAGCCCAGGGAUCAUCAGUGCUGCCUCCCUCGGGGGACAGACCCAGAUCCUGGGCUCCCUCGCCGCGGCUCCAGUCAUUACCAACGCCAUUCCCAGCAUGCCGGGGAUCAGCAGUCAGAUCCUCACCAAUGCUCAGGGACAGGUUAUUGGAGCACUUCCGUGGGUAGUGAACUCGGCUAGUGUGGCCACACCGGCACCAGCACAGAGCCUACAGGUCCAAGCCGUGACUCCCCAACUCUUGCUGAAUGCCCAGGGCCAGGUGAUUGCAACCCUAGCCAGCAGCCCCCUGCCUCAACCUAUGGCUGUCCGGAAGCCAAACACACCGGAGUCCCCUGCUAAGAGUGAGAUGCAGCCUAUCCAGCCGACGCCGGCUGUGCCGCAGCCUGCCGUGGUCAUCACCAGCCCGGCCUCAGGAGUCAAGCCUUCUGCCUCAGCUCCCAUCCCAAUCACCUGCUCUGAGACCCCUACCGUCAGUCAGCUGGUCUCAAAGCCGCACACCCCAAGCCUGGAUGAGGACGGGAUCAACUUAGAAGAGAUCCGGGAGUUUGCCAAGAAUUUUAAGAUCCGGCGGCUCUCCCUGGGUCUCACACAGACCCAGGUUGGCCAGGCUUUGACUGCAACAGAAGGUCCAGCCUACAGCCAAUCAGCCAUCUGCCGGUUUGAGAAGUUAGACAUCACACCCAAGAGUGCCCAGAAGCUGAAGCCGGUUCUGGAGAAGUGGCUGAAUGAGGCGGAGCUCCGGAACCAGGAAGGCCAGCAGAAUCUGAUGGAGUUUGUAGGCGGUGAGCCCUCCAAGAAACGCAAGCGGCGCACCUCCUUCACGCCGCAGGCCAUAGAGGCUCUUAAUGCCUACUUUGAGAAGAACCCCCUACCCACUGGCCAGGAGAUCACCGAGAUCGCUAAGGAGCUCAACUAUGACCGUGAGGUGGUACGGGUCUGGUUCUGUAAUCGACGCCAGACACUCAAAAACACCAGCAAGCUGAACGUCUUUCAGAUCCCUUAGGGCUUCCUCUCAGCCCUUGUUCCAGCACUUUCUACUGUUCCCUCAGCAACUGGCUGUCGUCACUGCGGCGACAGUACCAUGUGCAGCUGAGCUUGCCCUAGGUCAUGAGACUCCACCUGUGCAUGUGUGUCAAUGCCUGCCUCUUCUGCCCAAUAUGUCACACCCUGGGGAGGCCCAAGGGGCUGCAUGAGAGCCCUAGGCUCUGGGCUGGGCACAUGGAAGGAGGGGAUUUAUGGCAUUCUCUCAAAAAGCACUUUGCCAACAUGGUUUCUGAAGGGUAUGUUCUGGUUGGAAACCAGAAAGGCUCUGUCUUUGGGGCAGGGCUGUAGCAACUCUUUGGGAACGCUGUGCACUAGCUCUUGUUUUUGGUGACACUCUCCACCCCUUGCCCUUAGCUCCUCCGAGGUUGUGCCAGUGUGACAGCUCACCCAGCCUCACACUGCCCCCUUUUACUUUUGACACGGGCACAUUGAACCCCUUAAAGGACCAAGGAGAUGAAGUUCAGAAGUGUGACUCACUGUCUGCCUUGACCUCCAGCAGAAAGUCCCGUAACUGUGGGGUCAGAUGCUGGGAGGUUCCUCCUGGGGUCCUGGGAGCGGUGGGAUUGCACUAAUGCAGAACCUUUCCUCUGCAAACCAAGUGGGAAGGAAAGCAACAGCGAACUCUCCCAUCCUGGAGAGUCUUAGGUCUGUCGCAAGUCUGGAAUUUAGUAAAUAAGGCCAUCCACCCAGAUUUUAAUCUAAUUGUCAUCUGUGACUGUCCUCCAAGAAAAGCUCUCUAGGGAGCUGUCAGCUUGGGAACAUUUCCACUGCCCACUCACACAGGCAGCUACAGGGGGCGCGGAUACCCUCUCUUAUGCCCAUACCCAUCUCAUUCCAGCACUGAGGCCUCUUUAGAGGAACAAACUGAGUGAGAAGCCAGAAAGCAAGGAGCCGGAGUGAGGAGGAGGGCAAUGUUCAGAAAGAUGAUGGUCCAGGAAGACGUCUAGUUGACACUGGCUUACCUCUCGCUUUCUUUGUAACUUUAAGUCUUGGAUGUUGGAGUUUUCACUUUGUCAGAUUGCAGACCAGGUCUGUGUGUGACAAGCCCCGGGCCGCUCUGCCAUGCUCCUCUGAGCCAAGAGUGCCCAGGUCGGUAUGGACUUUGCCUCCGUAGGUGAUGGCACGCUGGGGGCUAGCAUCAUAUUCAAGUCUCUAAGUGAGCUUCCAGAAACAGGGAGGCUGGCCAGCCCUUUGAUGUCAGUGUGUUUGCUGGAGAACAUAGCUCGGUGGGAGAGAACUUAGCACUUACAAGGCUCCAAUUCAGUUUCUAGCACUGAGGAGAAAUGCAAUUAGUAUUUGGUUUCAGGAAGUCAGGAAAGAGCUAAGAUAAUUGCUUGAAUGACCCCAGAAUUGCCACGUAGACUGCCCUUGUCUACAAGGAUAAGGACAACCAGUCACUACUUUUUGGUUUGGUUUGUUGUUUUGUUUUUUGAAAUAGGAUCUCACUUAGUCCAAGCUGACUUGAAACUUGUGGUUGAAAAUGACCUUGAACUCCUAAUUGACCCUCCUGUGUCCACCUCCCAAGUGCUGGGAUUAUAGCCUGUGCCACCGCGCCACCGUGCCACUGCUCCUGGCUCUUCUCCACUCUCAGCCUUACAGAGCCUGCGGUGUAGAUGCCCACCUUGCACCUCGUGUGAUCUGCCCCGAGGAAAUGACAGUCAAACAAACAUUACCUUCUCUGCUGAUCACAGUGCAGAGACACUGAGGCCUCGCUUCCUCUCUUCUCUGUCCCCUUUCCUCUUGGGUCCUGCGGUCCCAGUAUGGAGAAGCAGCUGGUAGCUCUCCAGUGAGACGGGGACAGCAGUCUGUGAAUUAACACACACACUCCACGGCAUUCACACCAACCAAACCUGCUGGGGUCUGCAGGGGAUAAGGAGGCAGGUGCGCAGCUCUCCUGACUCUGCCUCCCAGGACAGCGUGUCCCCAGAGGGGGAAGGCCAUCUCCUUGACGACUGUGAUUGUCAGCUGCUUCCGUGUGAUGGGAAGUCAGGAGGGUACUGCACGUGAGUUUUCAGUGCUGAUGCUUACAUCUUGGAGCUUAUCAAGUGACUCACUUGAGAAAUUUUAUGCAGCUUUUCUUGCUCAAAACCUGCACCCAAGAGUGCUGUUUUCUGUGGGGUGGCAUGCUGUAUGAAGUGUGGCCAUGCUGCGGCCAUGCAGGAGGAUGCCAUCUGUUCUGUGGCAUGAUGGGAAAAAAUCAUGAACAACUGAUCUAAAUUAAAUCUGGCCUGCUUUCUCACCUCGUCCUUGGUCUAAACUUGUCUUCCCAAGGCGGGACUAGAGUAAACCAUUUUCUCCUGUGUAGGAAAGAUGCAUUCGGAACAGUAGGAGAGCCCUGAUGUUUACAGGCUGGACUUCCCAAAUGCGAGGUGCAAGGUAUGCAUAAAGUGUCCUCAAAGUAUAGUUUAUUUCGACCUAUGAACUCUGCCUCUGCUCCCCCAGUCUGAGCCACUAACCUACAAGGUAGUUUUUGUUGUUCUUUGGGUUUGGGGAACAUUAGACUCUAAAAAAGAGUUAACAGUUUUAUUUCGAAAGCACCCUCCUGGACUUAAGCCCAUGCCCAGUGGCUCUCUUGCUCUGGAAGACAGGAGAAUGGGCAGAAAGCGGUCAAAUCUGUGGUUGGCUAGUUCGAAGUGGCAGGAAACUAGAACUGUCUAUGGCCUGCUGAAUCAGCUGGGCUCUUUGACCCUGCGCUAACUAUGGCGUUUUUUUAUCCAUGCAAAGUCCAGAGAAGAAACUGGUCACGUGAACUGUAAAUGCACUUGAGUUUGGAAUGAGAAAGCCUGAUGUGUUUGUGUUCUUGAAAAUCCAGUCGCCUUCCUGUGCCCAGGAUUCCCUCCCUGCCUGCUAGGCCAGAUUCUGGCAUUGACGUCCUGAUGGUCUCCCCGCAAGGGGCACUGCCCCUGGAAGCUGGGAGGAGAACAGGGGAGAAGCACUUGGUGUAGUUGUGUGAAUAAACACUAUUUUUUCUUUUGUAUUGCUCUGCCUAUUUUGUUACAUCUCAGAUGUGAGGGAGCCGAGGCUGCAUCAGAGCUGCCUUUGUUGCCGAAGGCUUGCCUAGAGGGACAGACAGGUCAGCGCCCGGUUUCCACGUCACGCCAUCCUGUUUGGGCCUUCCAAGCUUUGACUCUCCCUCUGGGGAUGGGGGUGUGCAGGGCUAAGAGGGCCCUUUUUCUCCUAAACUAUCCUUCUGGUACUUAGUGUCUCAGAAUCUCCUGCC